GUGGAGAGUGCAAACUGGCAUUCCAUAACUAAGCAUCUUCACUCCUAACCGUCGUGAUCCAAUGAUCAUGCAUUCUUCAAUAGGCUGUAGACAAUAGAUUGCUUCUUUCGGUGAAGAAGCUGAUCGUGGGAUUGCGAGAAGUUGUAGUAUCGUGGCACUGUCAGCCUGAAAAUCAGUCGAAGAAAAUGAGAGGGAAGCCAUUUUCAGCCAAAGCCAUUUUUGUUCUAUGCUUUGCAAGCUUUCUUGCAGGAUCUCUCUUUACCAACCAGAAUUGGACUCAUCCUUCUCGGGCUAAGGAUAAUAGGAUUGCAAUAAUUCCACAUCAUGUCACCAAGCUGCAAGAAGUGAAACAAGAUUGUGAUCCCAAGCGUAAAUUGGUUGAAGGAAAGCCUGGAGAUAUUAUGGGAGAGGUUCAUAAAACCCAUGAAGCUAUAAAAUCUCUUGAGAGCACAAUGUCCACGUUAGAGAUGGAAUUGGCUGUAGCUCGAACAGUUCAGUCAAAUGGGCAACAUUAUUCACUAGAAAAGCUUGCUAAUCACACUUUACAGAAAGCUUUUGUUGUCAUUGGCAUUAAUACGGCAUUUAGCAGCAGAAAACGCCGGGACUCACUUCGACAAACUUGGAUGCCAAAAGGGGAAAAGUUAAAGAAAUUGGAGAAAGAAAAAGGGAUUGUGAUACGAUUUGUGAUUGGACACGGUUCCACACCUGGUGGUGUUCUUGAUAGAGCAGUAGACUUAGAGGACGCAGAACAUAAGGAUUUUCUAAGACUCAAGCAUGUUGAAGGAUACCACGAGCUCUCUACCAAAACAAGAUUGUAUUUUUCCACAGCAGUUUCAAUUUGGGAUGCUGAGUUCUACCUCAAGGUGGAUGAUGACGUUCAUCUCAAUUUAGGCAUGCUAAUGAGUACACUAGCCAAAUACCGGUCCAAACCUAGGAUCUACAUCGGAUGCAUGAAGUCCGGACCAGUUCUCUCUCAAAAAGAGAACAAAUAUUAUGAGCCGGAGUACUGGAAAUUUGGGGAAGAUGGAAACAAAUACUUCAGGCAUGCCACGGGCCAACUCUAUGCCAUCUCUAAGGAUCUCGCUGCCUAUAUCUCCAUCAACUCGCCCAUCUUGCAUAGAUAUGCCAAUGAAGAUGUCUCUUUGGGCUCUUGGCUUCUAGGCUUGGAAGUGGAACACGUGGAUGAACGUUCCAUGUGUUGUGGGACUCCUCCAGAUUGUGAAUGGAAAGCACAGGCGGGGAAUGUAUGCGUGGCAUCCUUCGACUGGUCGUGUAGCGGAAUAUGCAACUCUGUGAGAAGGAUGAAAGUAGUGCAUGAUUCUUGUGGGGAAGGAGAAGGUGCUGUUUGGAAUGUUGAUCUUUGAGUUGUGAUUUAGCAGUCUAAAUAAUAUGACAGAGAGUUAAAGGA